UCAGCGUUCACGUUCACACACUCAGCAUGCAGGGAGGUAGUAACCCUCGGCUGCUCUGAUUGGCUGUCGGGGCUACGUCAACCAUUUGACGACAUUUUUUUCUGCAAUCUGAGCCUGUCCCGCAGAUAGUGCAGUCUCUCUCUCUGCUCCUCUUCUCAUCUCCUCUCUGUGUGGAGCCUGUCGGAAUACUUUCCCCCUCCGGGUCCGGGUCUUUCGAAGGGGCCGAAACAAACCGCUGCGCGAGAGAGAGAGUUCGGCUGUGAGUCGCGAGCUAACCGGGAAAAUGACACACUUUAACAAGGGACCAGCCUACGGACUGUCCGCUGAAGUCAGGAGCAAAAUUGCUCAGAAAUAUGACACACAGAAGGAGGAGGAGCUCCGCUUCUGGAUUGAGGAGGUGACAGGAAUGUCUAUUGGAGAGAACUUCCAGAAAGGCCUGAAGGAUGGAGUUAUCCUCUGCGAACUGAUUAAUAAGCUGCAGCCUGGUUCAGUAAAGAAAAUCAACCUUUCACAGCUGAACUGGCACAAGCUGGAAAACCUUGGGAAUUUCAUCAAAGCUAUCUUGGCCUAUGGCCUAAAGCCCAAUGACAUCUUUGAGGCCAAUGACCUGUUUGAAAAUGGGAACAUGACUCAAGUCCAGACCACACUGCUUGCACUGGCCAGCAUGGCCAAGACCAAAGGUAUGGACACGAAGAUUGAUAUCGGAGUGAAAUAUGCAGACAAACAAGCUCGACAUUUUGAUGAUGAGAAGAUCAAGGCUGGUCAGUGCGUCAUUGGAUUGCAGAUGGGAACAAACAAGUGUGCGAGUCAGGCUGGAAUGACUGCUUACGGAACCAGAAGACAUCUGUACGAUCCAAAGACUCAGACAGACAAACCCUACGACCAGACCACCAUCAGCCUGCAGAUGGGAACCAACAAAGGAGCCAGCCAGGCAGGCAUGUCAGCUCCUGGGACCCGCAGAGACAUCUAUGACCAGAAGGUGGCGCUGCAGCCACUGGACAACUCCACCAUCUCCCUCCAGAUGGGCACCAACAAAGUGGCGUCUCAGAGGGGUAUGAGUGUGUACGGUCUGGGUCGGCAGGUCUACGACCCCAAAUACUGCGCACCCCCAACAGAGCCGGUCAUCCACAGUAACGGCAGCCAGGGCACCGGCACCAACGGCUCAGAGAUCAGCGACAGUGACUAUCAGGCUGAGUUCCAGGAGGACGAGUACCAUGGAGGUUACCAUGACGACUAUAACUCCCAUUACAAUGAUCAGGGCAUUGACUAUUAGUGGAGACCUCCACCUCCAGAGCAGUAUUAACGAGUGUAUUUUAUCAGCUACACAACAGAGCAAGUCUUUUGCUAUCCUCACUAGUCUUUUUCUUCUCUUGAAACAUAAAAUGAAAUGUUGCCUUGAGUGCUUUCCUUCUUCACCUCGACUCUUUGAUCCGAGCAGCAAGGCUUGUGAGAAGCUGUAGUAGCAUAGAAUAAUGAGAUACACAGAUAAGUGAUGAACAUGUUUUUUAAGCUUGAGCAUUGUUUUUAAUCCCCACUUUUUUAAAUGUGUUUUCAUGAUGGAACACUGACAUAGUGAUAACUUUGUGGAUCGAUGGUGCAGCAGCAGGUCGAGCUGCUGCAUUCCAGCAAUUGUAUUCCUGGACUGAAACUGUGCUGAUGAUCCAUGUGAAAAGAAUUCCCACGUGUAGUCUACACAAUAGCCCCUCCCCGCUGUGUUCUGUCUGUACUCAUACACCCAGCCACAGGUUUUCAGCAUUUUUUCUACAUUUAAUCAAUCUUUUUUUUUUCUUAUAAUGAUGAGCACAAUGGCUUCCUCGCUCCGUCAUAUGACGUAUAUUUUCAUAAUGUUCCCCUUGUUAUUCUCAAACUGUAUUUAUUGCAAUGACUCUCAUUGUAAAACAGUCCACUGUUCUAUGGUUCGUGAAGAAAAUGCUAUGUUAUAAAUAAAGCCUUACAUUCUUUAAUUGUG